AUGUCCAUCCCUUCUCUACUAGCAGAUGAAGUAACAGCUGAAAUCUUUGCCUUUUUGGGCGCAGUGGAUACGGCUCGCUGCGCCAAAACCUGUCGCCACUGGAACCGAGUGUCAAAGCACAGUCGUGCCUUGUGGCGUCGCUUUUCCUACGAUGAUUUUGGUUUGGCCGAAGGCUCCGAUGCCGCCGAUUGGAAGGCAGUCUAUGCAUUCUUGAAGCGUCAGGAACGCCGUUACCGUGAAGCCGUCGAUGAUUGCUUUAUUCAAUCUCGUUUGGUAUUCUGCGAUGACGGCAGCCAUCAACCGGGAAAUAAUCCCGAACAUGCUUUAAGACGUGGUGGAGAAAAUUCCUGUUGGUGCACCAAUGCAUUCGUCGACAGAGAUGUGGAUUUGGUGGCCGAUCUGGGAGAACCUCAUUUGGUCAUGGCCUUUGAAGUGCGCAAUGGGGGCGUUCGAUUUUCUGCGCCAGUCAAGGAAGCCCUGGCAUUUGCCUCGUUGCAAAUGCCCAAUCUGGAAAGUGCCUCUGUCUAUGACGGGUCCAAUGGAAUCCAAUUGGCACAUGAACUGAUGAAAUGCAACAACAGCAACAACAGCAACAACGAUCCAGGGAGUCCAUUGGCUGGUUUUGUGUUUCCCGGUAUUCCCAGAGCCUUUAAUUCCGUUUGUGCGCAACCGGCAAAGCGACCAACGGUGGCUCGGUUUGUGCAUUUCAAGCUAUUGACUUCUUCCAAGUGUUUCAAUCGAGUCAGCAACAACAUUGACGUUUGCAAUUUAUUUGCCUUUGGAGUGCCUCUGGCGGAGUUGAAUGCCCUGAUUCACCCGGGAGCUGCCACAACGGCCGAUGCACCUCCGGAUCCAAGUCGCUAUGUGCGUCGACACAAGGUGAGAGAAUAUCCCUGGCAUAUUCACAAUGAAUUUCGUGAAGAAGAACAAGAGAUUGCCAUGCAAGAAUACCUCCAAAGGCUCCGGGACGAGCGUGCCGUGAUCCAAAGGCUCCGGGGCGAGCGUGCCGUGAGGAUCCGAAGGCUGAAUGACCUGAACGACGCCGUGAUCCGAGGGGCCGAAGCAGCAUCCAACCCGCAAGUUGCCAUGAGUGAUACAGAGGACGACGAUGAAGAAGAUGAUGAUGAUAUGUAAAAGUCGUUGCACUUCGAAGUUGGAAUUCUGUGCCCCGGAUGAAUUAGUUGAAUAGGAUCUGAAAGGGGUAUCGGAAGUAGUCGCCAAUCAUAUCUCUCUGGCGAUCAAACUGCACUCAUUAGUCUAGUCAUGUUCCUUUGAACCACCUUUAGUCUGGGCGGCCUCUGCUGUGGUAGAGCUGAAAUAGAGACGAUGUUCUACUAGGGACCGUUGACAAUACAGUUUUAGCGCUUACGGAGGUUCGAUUCAUUCUGUGACUCUAUUCAGUACUGCAUGCAUGACGAAGCAAUCAAGUGCACCCCUCCCUGUGGUAAGACGGUAAAUCCAGCUUGCAUAUCUUGCCGCCAAUCUCGUGAUGGAUCCACUUUGGUUGUAGCGGUAGCGCUGUAGUUGUCCAGCACACGCGAAUCUUCAAAGUCAAAUCGUUGCACUAACCGUGCCAACAGGGUUCGCAGAAUCCAGUGUGCCAAUGGCUGUCCCAAACAAUUGCGGGGCCCUAUUGCAAAGGGCAUGUAGGCUCCGUUGGAGAUGCCGACAUCCGCCUUUUGGAUCCAUCGUUCCGGUACAAAGUCUUCUGGUUGGGACCAAUAAUCCGGAUGGUGAUGCAAUCCGUAGAUCCACAGACACGCCAUGGCCGAUUGCGGCAAUCGAAUUGGCCCUGUGCUGCUCUCCUGAUGAUCAUUACUACUAGUACUGUCGUUCUUGGGAAUGACAAUGAUGUCUUGGGUCAACUUUCGUACCACAAACGGUGCGACAGGAUACAGGCGCAUGGAUUCUUUAAUGACGGCAUCCAGAUAGGGCAUGCGCCCAAUGAUAGCCUUUGAAAGGACCGUGUCGUUGUUGUUGUCGUCGUCGUCACUGCUACUGAAGUCUGUACAAGUAGUAGUGCCCAGAACCGAUCGAACUUCCGUUGCCAGCUUGGUUUGUAUGGCAGGAUGCAAACUGAGCAAGUGCAAUGUCCACGAGAGCGUCGCUGCGCUGGUAUCUUGUCCGGCGAACAACAGGGUAAUGGCUUCUUCCAACAGGUCCUGGGAGACCAUGGAACCAGAAGAAGACGACUGUGUAGUAUUAUCAUCCGCCUUUUUCAUGGCUUUGCCGUGUUGAUGGCUGGGACUAUUCCUGAUUUGAUCCAGAGGAGACUCUGGCAAUGCCAUGUCACAAGCUACAUGGGCAAAUUGUCGAAUGGCUGUCAUGGUUUCCUCUUCCUGUUUGUAGAGGGGAGCAAACAUGGCGUAGCACCAUCUUGGCAGUAGAAACCAAAUGGAUCUGGACUGGGCCAGGAUGAUCAUUCGAAUGUGCGUCACGGACUCUAGAUAUUGAUGCAGCAGGGAUGAUGGCGACCCAGCACUGUUGUUCUUAUCAUCAUCACGGAUACUUGUCACAUUCUUGGGGAUUUCCUUUUGAUGGGUAAUGUAUCGAAAGAUCAACCCAAUGGUACACUGUUGAAUCAGGGGCACGACAUUGAAAGACUUGCCAUCCUCUUGAUCAAUACAGUCCAGCAACUGAUUGGCAGCCAACUGAGCCUGGUACAGAACACGCUCUUCGAGGGAUCCUUCUCCACGCAGCAAGGCAUGGAGCACGGCUACUCGUUUGGCCCUCCAGUCGUUGCCAUCGGCCGUAAAGACACCUCGUCCACAAAAGUUGGAAAAGUGAUUGUAGGCGGGUCGCUUGGAUGCCCCCGUUUCGGCUUGGGUUAAGAUGGCCUUGGCGGCUACCGGGUGAGCCACAUGGAUCACUGCGGUAUUGAAACCAUACACCGUCCCGUAAAUGCCCAUGGGACCCUGGAGUCGUUCCAUGCGAGGGAGCAUCCGUGUAAUGCUCGUGGAUUUGAGUACCGAUGAUGCUGUCUUGCCAGUAGUAUUUUGAUAAUCAUCGUAGUUCCAAAAGCGUGGUGUCCAAAAGACAGUGGGUAGGCCAGCUUCUUCCAGCAACCGUUGUGUGGCUCGUCUCCGUGUCAAGACGUACCACACGAG